UCAGUGUGAUGCAGAUGUUUGGAGUUGAACAACCUCGGCUCUUUCUCAUCAGGAGGGCUCAUGCAACUUCCAGCGGAGCUUCAGCCAGAAGAGUUGCAUAACCAGAGUCAUUCGACGUCAGAGUCCAAUCAGCAUCAUGGCAAAGGAAAGUGUCGACUCUGGUCUCACAUGGGAGGUGAGGGCGAACAGUCGACACUAUCACAAACACAAACAGAAGAAAUCCUUUCUGAGCAUCCGGUGGGGACGCUACUCGGACAAUGUGCUGCGCAGCUACAAGUACUCCCCCCUGACUUUCCUGCCGCUGACGCUGUUCGAACAGUUCCAGCGAGUCGCCAAUCUCUACUUCCUCCUCAUGGUGGUGUUGCAGUGUGUCCCUGCCAUCUCAUCCAUCCCCUGGUACAUUACCAUCAUCCCACUGCUCGCUGUGCUCUCUGUGAGAGGCCUGAAAGACCUUGCCAGCGACAUGGCAAGGAGACGCAGUGACUUAGAGAUUAACUCCCGACCCUGCGACAUACUCAUCUCCCAGAGGUUCAGCACAGCCCAGUGGAACGAUCUGUGUGUGGGAGAUGUACUGCGAAUCUGUAAAGACCAAGUCAUCCCUGCCGACCUUCUCCUUCUGAGUAGUUCAGAGCCUCACAGUCUGUGUUAUGUGGAGACAGCAGAUAUUGAUGGAGAAACUAACCUCAAGUACCGGCAGGCGCUCAGUGAAACACACAACGAGCUGACCUCUCACCCCUCAGAGGAGACACUGGCUGCCUUUGAUGGUGUGGUGCUCUGUGAGGAGCCCAACAAUCGCCUGUACACCUUCAGAGGUCAGCUGCACUGGCGAGGACAGAGUCUUCCGCUGGACAAGGAGCACAUCCUCCUGAGGGGAACAGUCCUACGCAAUACAGAGUUUGCCUAUGGCUUGACUAUAUACACUGGCACGGACACCAAGAUCCUGAGGAACUGUGGGAAACUGAGAGUGAAGAAGACUCGAACUGAAAAAGUUUUCAACAAAGUUGUCCUGGGGAUAGUCCUGUCUGUGAUGCUGGCAGCUCUGCUCCUUGCUAUCGGCAGCGGCGUGUUUUCAAGUCUGGUCAUGAGCCGAACAGAAGUUCUGUCUUCUCUGGUGGUAAACGGAAAUCCUGUCUACACAGGGUUCCUCGUCUUCUGGAGCUACAUCAUUCUGCUCAGCCCGGCCAUGCCCAUAGCUCUCUAUAUCACAUUUGAGGUGAUUCACACUGUCCACAGUAAGUUCAUUGGCUGGGAUUUGGAGAUGUUUUGGCAGCAGGCGGACCGACCAGCUCAGGCCAGGAAUACCUCACUGAACGAAGAGCUCGGCCAAGUGGGAUACCUGCUGAGUGACAAAACUGGGACACUAACGCAGAACUGUCUACUCUUUAGGCAAUGCUGUGUAGCUGGGGAGAUAUAUGGUGAUGCAUCUGUCAGGGCAGAGGACAUGAAGCCAAUGGAUUUAAGCUGGAACUCGUUCUCCUGCGGCGGUCUGUACAUGUCAGCCCCCGGCCUGGUGGAGAAGCUCAGAGGACAGCAGUGUGCGCUCAGCAGACAGUUUGUCACAGCGCUGUCUUUAUGCCACACCGUCAUGGCAGAGUGGAAGGAAGAUACUCCGGUAUACCAGGCAGCGUCUCCAGACGAAGAGGCUCUUGUUGGGGCUGCCAGGGAGCUGGGCUGGGUAUUUCUCUCCAGGACAAGAGACUUUAUUGUUGUCUCCGAGCUGGGUGUCACUCGACAGUAUCAGCUGCUGGCACUGCUGGACUUUACUAGCAAAAGAAGACGCAUGUCUAUACUGGUGGUUUUGUGCUUUCUUUCAGUGCGGGAGCCCGAGGGUGGGUUAAAGCUGUACUGUAAAGGGGCGGACAUAGUGAUCUUGGAGAGACUGCAGAAGGACUGUCCGUAUCAGGAAAGAAUUGAAAGAUCUUUGGAGUUGUUUGCCCAGGCCUGUCUGAGGACCUUGUGUGUUGCGGUUCGAUCCGUUCCUGAGGCAUCAUGGGAGCGGUGGAGUAAAACCCUGGCCAAGUCUGCUGCCAUGACAACCUGUGAUUGUGACACAAUGCUGGAAAGGCUAUAUGAUGAGAUGGAGAGAGAGCUGCAGCUCCUGGGGGUGACAGCCAUAGAGGACAGACUUCAGGAGGGUGUUCCUGAAACUAUAGAUCUGCUUCAACAGGCUGGAAUCAAAGUAUGGGUGCUAACUGGAGACAAAAAAGAGACUGCAGUGAAUAUUGGAUAUUCUUGCAAACUCCUGGAUCCUGAUACGAGAUUACUGGAAUGGCAGGAGCUGAGACAGAUACUCCAGUCCUCAGACCCGGGGUUCAGUUUCUUCAAGGCCAGGCAGACAGACAUGUGGGCUGAAGACAGGGGGACAACAGGAUCAAAGACUGCUGUAAUCCUCACUGGACCCGAGCUGGCAGAGUUUGACCAGAGACCAGAAUGGGGUGCCUCGUUCAUGAGCCUGGCAGACCAGUGUCAGUCGGUGCUUUGCUGUCGUGUAACACCUGGACAGAAAGCUGACAUCGUCACGUUGGUCAGGAAACACACCAAAUCAGUCACCAUGUCUAUCGGGGACGGGGCCAAUGAUGUGAACAUGAUAAAGACGGCUCAUGUUGGUGUGGGAAUCGCAGGAGUCGAGGGAGGACAGGCAGUGCUGAGCGCAGACUUUGCAUUGUCCCAGUUCAGAUUCCUGCAGAGACUGCUGCUGGUCCAUGGCCGAUGGUCCUACAGGCGCAUUUCCCUCUUUUUGCGCUACUUCCUCUUUAAGACUUGUGGCUUUGCUCUAGUGCACAUAUGGUUUGGUUGCUUCAAUGGCUUCAGUGCUCAGUCUUUGUAUGAGACAUGGUUCAUCGCCUUCUACACUGUCUUCUACACCGCAGCCCCAAUUAUGUGUGUAGCCUUUUUUGAACAGGACGUGAGUGCAGAGAGCAGCCUGAUGUGGCCGAAGCUGUACAACGUCGGACAGAAACAGGAGCUCUCCAGCCCUCGCAUGCUCUUCUUGUCGUUGCUGUACGCAGUCUACACUUCGCUUGUUCUCUUCUUCGUCCCGUUUGGAGUCUUCCACGACACGGCCUUUGACUUCCAGACCAUGGCUGUCACCGUCGCCAUGGCAGCCAUGUUUACCGCCAACAUAGAGAUUGUGCUGCUGACCAGAUUCUGGACAAAGUUCAACAUAGCAGCUGUGUGUGUCUCUGUUGUGUUGUUCUUCAUCUGUACCAGGAUCACCCACAACAGCCGCUUGUUCGAGAGAGCACCCAGCGACUAUUACUUUCUUGGUGUGUCUGAUAGAGCCUUCAUUGAUCCUGUUGUAUGGCUCACAGCUCUGCUCACUGCCUGUACGGCUGUUCUACCCUCAAUGACUGCACUAGCUCUCAAUAUUAUCCUCAGUGUGCAUGACAGUCACAAGGUCCAUAGUGUACCCCAUCAACCAGUGGAGCUGAGGUCAAAGUUGAGAAGAGGAACGUCUCUACGCCGCUCCUCCUACGCCCUCUCUCAGGGAGCUGUGCCUGGACGUCUCAUCACCUCAGGGACCUCCAUCCGCAGCACUGUGCCAACGGUGGAUGAGAUUGUGACUGCAAGUAAAAACCCCACUGACUCCAAUGGACAAAUGAUGGACAAUAAGAAACCCCAAAAUUACACUUAAAAACUGUCUGAUGGUUCUACAUGCAAAGAUAUACAAACAUAUAUUGUUACAUAUAUAUACAUGUUGAUUCAAGGAGUCACUAUAUGUUUGUACUUUCAACAUGUUCAUUGUAGUGUGUGCACUCAUCUUUUUAUAGUUUUAACAGUACAUCAUGCACUGCCUUCUUUAUUUAGACAGUUAACCUCUACAGGCAUCUCUGUGAUCUUU